AUGAGUGAACAUCAGAAGAAGCAGCUGCUGCAGCGGCUGCCGCCGCGGGACAUUUUCCAGCUGCUGCCUUUCCGAGUGGACCCCGAAGCAGCAGCAGACAUCGACGCAGUCAUUCUCUUCAAAUUCGUCCCUCCCCCAGGAGCUGCUGCUGCUCCUGCUCCUGCUGCUCCUGCUGCUGCUGCUGCUGCUGCUGCUGCGGAGCAGCGCGACGCGCAGAAGGAGCCCGCCCAAGCAGCGGCGUCCCCAGAAACAAGCAACAGCGCCGACGCGCCCCCGCAGCAGCAGCAGCUGCUGCAGCAGGAGCAGCUGCAGCAGCUGCAGCAGCAGCAGCAGAUGCAGCAGCAGCAGGUGCGGCGGCGGCAGCAGCAGCAGCAGCUGCACUGCGUGCACUUCCGGAGAGGCAUUGUGUUUACCCGCGACGAAUGCGAAAGAGCAGCAGAUGUGGAAGUUGAAACUACAGAAGCAGCUUGGAGAAGCUUUUUGACAAAAGAAACGGGACUAAUUGCUGCUGCAGCAAGAGGGGACUUCAGGGUCAAGGGGCCCCUGCUGCUGCUCGUCAAGUGCCUCGCCUCCAUCGAGCUCGACAUGGACUGA